AUGAUACAGUCGAUGCUACAGACACUGGCGAAGACUCCACGGCCGGAGCCUGACGACUCGGACUACGAUGUGCUAGCGGAGGCCAGCAUCUCUCAGCACAUUGUGUCUCGAAGAAACGGCCUUGCAUCAGUGCCCAGCACACCAUUGAGGGCCCAUACGGAGAGGGCCAGCGUGUUGCACAGUUCAGGCAGGAAGGGCGUGAAGCACCAGGUCGAGGCUGAUAGGGGCGAGAUGGAGGAAUUGAUCGACGUGAAGCAGGUUGUUGAAGCGUUGGAGAGUCUGAGGUCUCUGAUACGGGAGCCAAGUGCCGUUGAUGGUCCGCAGUUCAUGGAUGUUUAUGUCUCUCAUACACAGCAGCUGGUGAGCGCAAUGCGAUUGAACGCCGUGGAGGCUAAGGUGAGGGAGGAGGACAAGGACAAGGACAAGCGGGUGGGCAGAGGCCAGCUGGAGGAGGUGUCUGGGAUCUUGGAGAGGAAGAACAGAGGCGAAGUGAUGCUGGGGAUCGUUAUCGUAAGCAUCAGGAUUAUAAGGCUACUCAUCGAGAUCACUACACCUUGGCUGAAGAGCCUACAGACAUUUCUGAUAAGAGUCACGGAGAACGAAACAGUUGGACUAAUAACGGAGAAACUGGCAGAGCUGGUGCUGGUGGUGCUAGCAGUGGCUCUGAACAUCCUCAAGAUGGUUCAGAGGUGGACUAGGCAAUGAUGCGUAUCCUCAUUGUGAUGUAUACCAUCUCCACAGGUCCUUGAAAGAUUGGUCCAGUGAAACACACGGUUGCCAGUCCAAUUGAGCUUUCGCCUUUGUUAUAUCAGAGAUCAGCACGUCCACGUCACCUUCUCUUUUCCCUGCCUCUCUGUAU